AUGGCCGUGAUGAUGAACGAGUUGAGGACGUUGAGGGGUGCCAGACCUGCAAACCGACAACCCACUCCUCCUCCUCACACUGCCACGCCUUCUCCACCUCUUUUACAAGAAGAGGCUGUAGUGGGUAACAAUGAGGGUGAGGGUAGUCACCAUUCUGAUAGUCACAGUCAACAUGUUGAGGUUCGUCAACCACGUGUUGAGCAUUUUGAUGAACGUGAAGCUGAAGAAAGGAGACUGACGGUCUUUCGAAAACACAAACCACCUUCCUUUAAGGGAGGCUAUGAACCAAUGGCGGCAGCAAAAUGGCUCCAGGCAAUGGAGAAGAUCUUCAGGGUGAUGAGAUACCCUAAUGCAAUGAAGUUGGUCUACUCCGUGUAUAUGCUGGAAGAGGAAGCUGAGGAUUGGUGGACCAAUACAGUGCAGCCCUUAGAAGCUGAAGGCCGGGAAAUCACCUGGCGGUUGUUCAAGACGUUAUUCUUGGACAACUACUUCCCUAGGGAGGCUAGGGAGCAGAAGCAGAACGAGUACAAUGAUUUAAAGCAAGGGUCGAUGUCAAUUGACCAAUAUUUUGCUAAAUUCAACGAAUUGGUGAAGUACGCCAACUAUGGGAGAGCCUUACCUACUCCGGCCGAGAUGACCUCUAAAUUUCAAUGGGGUCUAAAUGAGAAAAUGUCUUGGAAGAUGUCUAAUUGUGAUAUCCGAGAGUUUAGCAAGUUUGUGAACCAAUGCCGGAAAGUAGAAGAAGUUUAUAAUGUGGCAAAGAGCAAGAAGUCUUCUGGGACACAAGCGUCAGGUGCUAGUGGAGCAACUGACUCUACUUUAGAAAAGAAUAAGAAAAUAGAUGACAAGAAUGGAAAAAAGAAAUUGCAAGCGAAGCAAUCUGAUGAUUAA